UUGUCACAGUUACAAUUUACCAUUUGUCGGCGGCGGACGCGCGCUCUCCUCCUCGCUUGAAACCACAAGCAAGCCCCAAAGAAAAGCUCGCUCAGCUAACGGUUCUUCAGGAGCGUUUCUAACACCACCACACACACACACCGACACAGAUACAGAUACACACCAGCAGAAGGCAGCAGCGUCGGGCCGUCUCGUAUAAAAUCUGUUGCAUCACUGCUGCGGCACUUCAGUCGUUCGAACGCGUGCGGCCGGAGAAGUGCAGUUAACAAAUAAAUAAAAAGUUCACAAAUAACACCAACAACAACAACAACAAGAACUGAAAUCAAGCAAAAAUGCUCGGCUGCAGUGACCACUUAGGCAGCCUAAAAUGAAGCUUGGCGCGUUCUGAAGUCGCGGAUAAACAAACAUUUCCAAAGACCCUCUUACCUCAGUGCAAUGCUUCAGGCCCCCCAAAAAUAAAUAAAAACAAAGUUGAAAUCCAAAAUCUGAACUAAGCCGAAACGAUAACGAAAAAGCAGCCAAAAUUAACGCUCUACAAGGCAUCAAGAUUCUACCCUCCUUCGCGCAACUGAAAAUGCUGAACAUGGAGUCGCCGCAGAUGUACGCCGAUGCCGUUCAGACAUUGGCCCAGCUGGACCUCAAGAAGGAGCCUCCGCUGCAGCAAGCCACCAUUGGCCAGAUCACCCUGACGGCCAUGUCCACGGCGCAGCAGCAGCAGCAGCAGCAGCAACAGCAGCAGCAACAGCAGCAACAGCAGCAGCAGCAACAGCAGCAGCAGCAGCAACCUCAGCAGCAGACGACCGACGCGAACAACAACACUUCGCAGGACGCGGCCCUCCUGGUGAAGCAGCACGCCAUGCACCAGAUGCAACAGGUCGCCGCGCUGGGGAACAACAACAACCUGUUGCAGAAGCAGAUGCUGCAGCAGUACACCACGCAGACGGACCUGGACGAGCUGACCACGCAGGAGAUCACGCUGGACCUGCAGCACCUGAUCGACGACCAGUUCCGCGACACGGAGACCCUGGGCAUCUUCAGCGACAUGGUGACCAGUCCGGGCGGCCUCUCGGCCACCUUGCCGCCCAGUGGCAUGGUCUCGGCGGCGGCGAAGGUCCUGCAGCAGCAGACGCUGCGCAACCAGCACGGCUACGGCAACAGGGGCGUCGGCGGCGGAGGGGGAGGCGGGGCGCUGGCCUACAUGCCCCAGCCCGUGCACGCCACCUACAACAACUCGAGCGACGAGAACAGCUCCGUGGGCUCCGACUCCAGCACGAUCAAGGAGGAGCCCAUCGACCCCGAGUACAGGCGGCACCUGCAGGAGGCGGCCAACCAGCAGGCGGCCUUCAUGGGCGGCGGCGGGGGGCUGUACAACGGCUACGGGGCGGCGGCCAACGGGCUGGCGGGGGCGGGCAACCCGCUCAACGGGGGCAGCUCCACGCCCAGCAGCAACGGGAGCAACGGCAGCACGGGCAGCAGCAGCAGCGGCGGCGGAGGAGGCGGGCAGUUCACCAACCUGACCACGGCCAACGUCCUGGCGCACCACAACCUGCCCCACCUGGCGGCCGCCGCGGGGGCGCAGCACCUGCUCAAGCAGCACAGCAAGCUGCACGCGCAGCAGCAGCAGCAGCAGCAGCAGCAGCACCGCAAGCACAGCAACAAGCACGUGGACAAGGGCACCGACGAGUACCGGCGGCGGCGCGAGCGGAACAACAUCGCGGUGCGGAAGAGCCGCGAGAAGGCCAAGGUGCGCUCGCGGGAGGUGGAGGAGCGGGUGAAGAGCCUGCUCAAGGAGAAGGACGCGCUCAUCCGGCAGCUCAGCGAGAUGACCAACGAGCUGCAGCUGCACAAGCAGAUCUACAUGCAGCUCAUGAACCACGCGAACCCCGAAGUGAGUCGCGUGUGCCGCAGCUUCCUCAACACCAACGACCACUCGCUGUAGCCGGGAUACCAAUAUGCCAGGAUGUAAGGAUGCGAGUGUAUGUGUGACUGCCUGAGUGCCCGAGUGCCUGUGUAAGUGCGCAAGUGCGUGUGUGUGUGAGAGACUCUGUUAAAUCAAAGAUUCAAAACGCUGUGUGGGUAGCUCGUAAGGACCAUUUAUCCCGCUCUCCAUUUUCUUCUACUUAUGAAACUCUCGAGCUGGUUGCAACCGAGGAAAGCUUGCAGCCAUCUGAAAGUUCUUCUGCCGAAACCUCUGGCAUUCCUUUGUACAUUUUCUUCUGAUCCCCAACAAGCCCCCUUGUUAUCAUUGUAAAGCAUAUUUUUGUACUUAAUUCUAACGACUGUAACAUAUAUUUCGCACAUUUUUAUACCAUAAUCGUAUACAUUAUAUCUUAUCAUAAAGUUAAGCCAAAGAAAAAUGUUAAAAAUAUUUAUGUAAAAAAAUAACACGCAGGAAAGAGAGAAAACGUAAAAUACAAAAAUCGAAAACAGAAAAUCGAAACCUAUUUAUACGCAUCUAAUUCAAAUUUGUACAUUUCUUUAUUCUGGUGUGCGGCUUUGCUCUAUGCUUAAUGCCACGCCCACUCCCGCUGGCCAGCCCCUGCUUGAGACACAAACACUAGCAAAUCUUUAGUUGUUAAGCCGACCGCCCGGAGGAUCGGGAAACCGCUUUACCUGCACGAAGCCCCGAGGAAACCCUGCCCCCAAGUAACCAAUAUCCAAUAUCCUGCGAAUCCUGCCAGCUGGUGGGACUCGCUCUGAGAGCGUAGAAGAUAUGAAUGCUAUUAAUUUGUAAGGCCAACGCAAUGUUCUCAUUUUAAUUUAUAUAUCGUAAAUUAAAUAUACACAAACAACAAAGAAAACUGUAAAGCAAAU